UUGGAUACUUCUGCCCCAAGCAAAGUCACCGGAGCCGCCGCUGGUAAAUUUGGCGAAGACAGUGGACCGAAAACGGGUGGUGGGGGCGCCGUUUCCCCCCAUCCGACGCUCAUUAGCAAAACUUCUUCAGGAGGAAGCUUCCUCUCGAGUUGGCUCGGCACCGCCUCGGGCGAUAAGCAGACUUCUCAGCUAAUCAGCGCGUGUGAUAACGCGGCCAAAUCAGGGGAAGUUACCGAGAGCCAGCGCGAGCACAAACUCGUCUCCAGCACAUUUUCGACAGCGUCCCAGGAUUCAGGGAUAGAGAAAAGUCCCGGAUAUCUAUCCCCUGCUCCCAGGUCGGCAGGAAUAGAAAAACUCGGUAAAUUUUUCCGUCAUUUCUCGAACAAACUUUCACCUACCGUGGGAGGGUCUUCCUCGACGUCCACAAAGACACCACCGCCAACACCGACCACGCCAGGAAGGCAGCAGUAUUAUCCACAGCAGCAGCAGCAACAACAACAAUCGUCGCUAAAAAUUGCAGCGGGCGCCGUGGG